AUGGCAUUGAAAAGAGCAAGAGGCACUAGAGCACAGGCACAAACAAUCGCUCCAACAGAAAGCGAGACAGCCAUACGAACCAUUGAAAGGGAUCAGAUCAAUGGGACAUUGAGUGCUUUGGUGCCGGAGGAUCCUCUAAGUACGGAAGAAGCGCCGAUCGAUGUACCUGAUCAUCAGGAAUUGCACAGAAGACUUCACGCAGCCCAUCAUGCUCGAGCUGUCGACGAGCUCAACUCGAAUCAUUUAAAAAGAGGCAAAGAGAAAGUGAUAAAGACAAAAAGGAGAUCAAAGAAUGGGCAAAAUCAAUCAAAGAAUACGGAUGAAUUCGAAUUUACGAGAACAACGCUCACAAAAUCGUCGUCAACAAAAACAAAUGAGAGAACGAUCGAGUGGAAUGAUGGAGUGUCAAGGCUUUUGUUAGAAGAAGCUCCAAUGAUUAAUCAAUCAAAUUUUCACUUAAAAGUUUGUGAAAACGACGAUGAAAUUGAGAUGGAAAGAUCCUUUGAGGAAGUCCAACAAAUACUCGAAUUUCAUGAUGAACAACGAGAAACAGAUGAUUCAUCUGUGAUUGGACAAAUGUUGGGACAAAUGUUAUCAAAUGAUGUCAUUCAAUGUGUCCUCCUUGCCGUCAUCGCCGCUUUCUUUCUUCCCCUUGUUUAUGCUCAGAAUUUACAAAUCCAAGCGUGUUGCGGUGGGCAAGCUCAACUCGCUGAAUGCCAAAACUUUACCCGAGCUCAGGAUCUUCUCGGUGUCGCGUGUUGUGGCCUUCAACCAUACAAUGCUUUCACGAAAAUUUGUUGCAAUGGAGCUGUUCGCUAUCGUCAAACACCGGAUGGUCGCUACGCGGAGUUGUGCUGUGGGACGAGCACACUUGCCUACGAUCAAACGUGUUGCGAUGGAGUGGUUCACAACGUGGCCAGUGGUGACUGUUGUGGGGCGGUGGUUUACUCGAAAAGCGAUCCAAAUCUCAAAUGCUGCAAUGAGACGCUGGUCAGAUCAAAUUCACCGAAUGACAUUUGCUGUGGCUCCACAACGUUUGAUGGAGGACGAACGCAAAUGUGUUGUGGAGAAUCGGUCUUUCAACUGAGCGACUUUGACAGUUGUUGCGAAUCGCCGGAUGGAGAUUUUUCGCAAUACAACUCGGCUACGCAAUUCUGCUGUGGCACACCGCAGCAACGAAACGGCAACAUUGCUUGCUGUUAUCUCCGCCAAAAUGGGCAACUCAUUCAAGCGUCAUACGAUAAAACGACUCAAUGCUGUCAAUUUCCUUUUCAACUCAUCUCACCGAUGGUUAACAAUACGUGCAUU